AGAAGGCAAGUGUUUGUUAGCACGAGUCAACUAAUAAAACAGGGUACUAGAGAGCUAGAGCACUAUAAAUAGAGAAUAGCAAGAGCGAGAAACAAGAAGAAAGAGGUAGCUUGACUUAAAGGGUGUUGAAUUUGGUGCAAGCAUGAAGCAAAAGAUAGUUAUAAAGGUGCAAAUGGACUGCGAGAAAUGCAGAAGCAAGGCCCUCAAAAUUGCGGCAGUGGCAAAGGGUGUGAGUUCGGUGUCGUUAGAAGGGGAAGAAAAAGAUCAGGUGGCGGUUACCGGAGAUGGGGUGGAUUCCGUUUGCUUGGCCAAGACUCUGAGGAAGAAAUUUAAACAUGCCACCAUCCUAAGUGUGGAAAAAGUGAAAGACAAGGAUAAAGAUAAAAAGGAAGACGAAACCAAGAUAAUACCAUUACUUCACUAUCCACUCCCUGUGCCUUGUCAAUAUGAUGAAUAUGGUAGUUAUUGCAUCAUCAUGUAACCAAACAAAGUAUUAUUUCUUUACCUGCUUUAUCUU